GGGGCCUAUGGCAGGAGGGCUGGGUGGGGUACGUGGGCAGGAAGCGGAAGCGCCCAGGGAGCCCCAGCUGCAGCUGAGCGCGCCAGAGCUCACUUCCACUCAACACGACCAGAGCUGGUGGCAGGCGCCCAGGCACCGAGGCCGGUGGACUGAUGGACCUGCCCUGUGCCCUAGGGCUCGGGACACUGCUGGCCCUGCCGGGGGUCCUGGGCUCGGGCGGCAGUGCCGAGGACAGUGAGGGUUCCAACUCCGUCACUGUCGUCGUGCUGCUGCUGCUGCUCCUGCUGUUGGCCACCGGCCUGGCGCUGGCCUGGUGCCGCCUCAGCCGGGACUCGGGGGGCUACUACCACCCGGCCCGCCUGAGCGCCGCGCUGUGGGGCCGCACCCGCCGCCUCCUCUGGGCCAGCCCGCCGGGCCGCUGGCUCCGGGCUCGGGCCGAGCUGGAGUCGCCCGACGAGGACCCCGAGCAGCCGCAGGACACGCAGGAUGUGGAAGAGGACUACCACCUGGCCGGCGGCCUGGAGGAGGCAGAGUCCCUGGAGGAGGAGCAGCAGGCAGGAGAGGGGCCCGGCCCCCAGCAGGCCCCAGAGCCAGCUGACGAAGCACGUGACAAUAACAUCGAAGCGGGCCUGGGCCUCAGAUCCCAGGGGCCGGCGGGCUCAGGGGGCAGCGCUGAGGCCCUGCUGAGCGACCUGCACGCCUUCGCCGGCAGCGCGGCCUGGGACGACAGCGCCGAAGCGGCGGGGGGCCAGGGCCUCCACGUCACCGCUCUGUAAGAGCCAACGGGCUGGUCCACCCCUGUCACCGUAUCUCUGUGUCCCGAGCUGUCCCGGACCCAGCAUCACCCACACCCCCUCCCCGUGAAGAGUCUCAAACGAUCGCUCCCCCAGCAGUUCUGUCCCCAAAGCUCUGCGGCCCUGUCCCCACCAGGAAGGGACACUGGGCAGCCAUCUGAAAUAAAACCCCUCCAGCCCCGAC